CACACAGCAACAUCUAAUAACAGCUUUAUUUGCUCUAUUAGAAGACAACAAAUGACUUCUAAUUCAUCUUCUGGUUUCAUGAUUUUCACAGUAUUUCUUAUUAUUUCCCCUUGCUUAUUGCCGUGUCAAGCACAGCUUUCUGAUGAAAGCUUCUAUGACGAGACUUGUCCUCGUGCCCUGAGCAUUAUAAGGGGACGUAUUAGUGCAGCCGUUGCGAGUGAACUCAGAAUGGCUGCUUCGCUCAUUCGCCUUCAUUUCCAUGAUUGCUUUGUCCAGGGUUGUGAUGCAUCAAUCCUGUUGAAUGAUGCACAAGGCGAAAGGAGUUCAAUCAGUAAUGCCAACUCCGUCAGAGGAUUUGAAGUCAUUGAGGCUAUCAAGGCUGAAUUAGAGGAGCAAUGUGCCCAAACUGUUUCAUGUGCUGACAUAGUUGCAGUAGCAGCUGGUGAUGCAUCCGUUGCUGAAAGUAACUUUCAGUUAGUAAUCUUCAAAUCCUUUUUAGCAGUUAGUGGACCGACUUGGCCAGUGAAGCUUGGAAGAUUAGACUCUCCUACAGCUGCACCCGUAGCUGAUGCCGAUGCCAACCUUCCCCGCUUUGAUAAUACUCUCCCCCAACUGAUAACAUUCUUCAGUCGCAAGGGAUUUAAUGAAAGAGAAUUGGUUGCCCUUUCAGGAGCGCAUACAUUUGGACGAGCAAAAUGCUUUUUCUUCCGUGACAGGGUCAACGGCAAUGGAAAUGAUAUUGAUGCUGGAUUUGCCAGAACUAUAGUGGACACAGUUCCUUGUCCUGGUGAUGGGUCAGGGGAUGACAACCUUGGAAACCUCGACUUUUUCACUCCUGAAACUUGGGAUAACAGGUACUUCAUGAAUCUUAUUGAAAAUAGAGGCCUUCUUGCAUCAGACCAGGCACUUCACAGCGGCGGAUCCACUGACAGCAUCGUUGAAGAGUAUGCCAUUAACGGAGCAAGGUUCAGGUCUGAUUUUGCAGCUGCCAUGAUAAAGAUGGGAGAUUUACCCCCUCCAAAUGGUUUGCAAGGCCAGAUACGAAGGGUCUGCAGUGUUCCUAAUUGAUUUGAGAAAGGAUAAUUCAAAUUUCAACAUUGUCUUUAUAAGCUGAUUUGGUCUUAAUUUAUUGUAUUGUAAAAUAAAUAGGGGGAAACUAUUGCAUCCCACUGCCUUUUUUUAUGUUCUUACUUAAUUGUAUGGUGUGAUUUUUGU